CGCCCAGCCAGCGGCGGGACCAUGGAGCCUAUGCUGCUGCAGGACUUCGUGCGCGCCCUGGACCCCUCCUCCCUCCCGCGCGUACUGCGGGUCUGUUCGGGGGUCUACUUCGAGGGCUCCAUCUACGAGAUUUGUGGGAAUGAAUGCUGCCUCUCCACAGGAGACCUGAUCAAGGUUACCCAGGUUCACCUCCAGAAGGUGAUCUGCAAGAACCCGAGGACAGGUCAGACCAUGGAGCUCGCCCCCAACUUCCAGGGCUACUUCACCUCCCUCAUCAGCCCCCAGAGCUAUGAAACCCUGGAAGAGCUGGCUUCUGCCAUAACUUGGAGCCCCAAGCAGCUGCCUAUUUACUUCAUGUCAACCCACAGAAUUGUCACAGAGGCCAGGGUAGUGCCUGAGGACCAACUCCUCAUUUUUGAGGCGGUGGAAAUGUACCUUGGGACCCGCUGUGCCCGCUGUGUCCUGGGACUGGGGAAGCAACAGGUCAUCCUACACCUGCCCCUAUCUGAGAAGGGGCCCUUCUGGAAGUGGGAGCCCAGUGCCCCUCGAACACUGCUCCAAGUCCUGCAGGACCCUGCCCUGGGGGACCUCGUCUUCACCUGCCCCACCCUACCGUGCCACUUCCUGGUCCUGAGGCCCCAGUAUGAGAUCCAAGCCAUCAUGCACAUGCGCAGGACCGUUGUUAAGAUCCCCUCCACCCUGGAGGUCGAUGUGGAGGAUGUCACCGCCUUCUCCCAGCACAUCCACUUCAUCAAACCGCUGCUGCUGAGUGAGGUCCUGGCCCGAGAAGGCCCCUUCCCGCUGGCCGUGGAGAUCCUGGAAGUUCCUGAGGGGCCCCCUAUCUUCCUUAGCCCAUGGGCAAGAUCUUUGCGGAAAGGCCAGCAGCUUCACAUCCAUGGCCUGGCCUCACCACCCUGGCGGGUCCUAGCCUCAAGCAAGGGCCGGAAGGUGCCCAGACACUUCAUGGUCUCCGGGGCCUACCAGGGCAAGCUGCGACGGCGGCCGAGGGAGUUCCCUACCGUCUAUGACCUCCUGGGUGCUUCCCAGCCAGGCCGGCCACUCCGGGUGGUGGCCACAAAGGACUGUGAGGCCGAGAGGGAAGAGAAUCCCGAGUUCACGUCUCUGGCUGUGGGGGAUCGGCUGGAGGUGUUGGGGUCUGGCCAGGUCAGUGGGAUCCACAGCUGCGACACAGACGUCUUGAUAUGUCAGAGACUUAGUGACCAGUCUGGGGAGGAAGAGUGUGAGGAGGCUGAGUGCCAAGAGCAGAUUCUGCUGCCCUUGUAUUUCUCUGGGAGCUUUGUGGAGGAGAUGAAUGACAGCCGGCGCUACAGCCUGGCGGAUCUGACUGCCCAGUUCUCACUGCCUUGUGAGGUCAAGGUGGUGGCUAAGGAUCCCAGCCACCUCGCUGACCCUCUGGCCUCCUUCUCUGGCCUGCAGCUGGAGGAGAAGAUCACAGAACCCUUCCUGCUGGUGAGCCUGGACUCCGAGGCUGGACUGUGCUUUGAGAUCCCUCCGCGGUGGUUGGACUUGACUAUUGUGGAAGUCGAGGGGCAGCGAGACUGGCCAGCUGGGUCCCUCCCUGUAGCCACAGUGGAGGAGCUGACAGAUGCCUUCUACUAUCACCUUCGAAAGUUACCGGUCUGUGAGAUCCAACGACCCCCACCCAGGCCCCCCAAAAGUCAGGACCUCAGUGGGCGGAGGAGACAAAGCAGCGAGGGAGGCACCAAGUCUUCUCAAAUCCUAGAAGUACAGGAACCUCCUCUGCGGCCCAAACCCGUGGCAAAGACCUCACCAAAGUUCACCAAGGACACCUGCAGUACGUACAGCAAGAUUCUUGCCUCUAAGGGUGGCCGUAGGCCCAAAACACAAAGUGCAGCAACCAGGUCUCACUGUUUUGAUCAGGCUGGUCUCAGAUUCCUGGCCUCAAGUGAUCCUCCUGCCUCGGUUUCCCAAAGUGUUAGGAAUACUGGUGUGAGCCACCGCACCCAGCCCUUCAUUGACUCUUUUGCAGAUGAAGAUGAACAUGAUUAUGAAGAAGUAAUUGAGCACUUUAAGAAAACCAUGUAGGUUUUCUAGAAAACCAUGCCUCCUAACUGCUGCUGCCUGGGGAAUCUGAAACACCAGCCAACCCUUACAAGCUUCUAAAAGGGCCUGGGCAAGGACUCAAAGAAAUCAAACUGCAGACAGGGAAGGGCUUUGUGGGGCUGAUUCGAAAUAGGACGGCUUCCUUCAGGUUCUGAGCUCCUGUCACUGAGGGUGUCUUCUCCGGGCCCAGCACCUGGCACAUGGUAUGCAGAGGAACCAGUGGAGUUGCACUCAAUCCUGCAUCCCGACCAGUGGUCUCAGAGAGGAGUCAAAGAGGCCACCAAACUUGGGGAUGGCUGCACAUUGCUAUCUGCCUCUCAGUAAAGGAACUUCAGCCUUGAUCGCACUGCACUGACAAACUUUUAAAAAUGUUUGCCACCCCCCGCUUUCCCUCCCUCCUGCUUCCACCUGCCCGCCAGGCUCCAAGCACCUGUGAGACAGGAAUUGUGUCACUGAAUCACCUAGCAUGUGGGGACUGUAGGAAUGUAGGUGGGAGCCUGGCUUCAAGAGCAGAAAAUUAGUGAAAUGAGGGAAGCCAAUGGAAGACUUAUGUGGAGACCCCAGGCUAUGAAAAACUGGUAGGUUUCAUCAGAUGGUGCUAAGAUAUUGUCAAAGUUGUAAGUGACUAUCCAAGAUCAUUUCGUUCUAAAGGCACAAAAUAAAAAUGACAUUGCCAAGUGCAGUGGGAUGUAUCUAUAGUCCUAGCUACCUGGGAGGUUGAGAUGGGAGGAUGGCUUGAAGCCAGGAGUUCAAGACCAGCCCAGACAACAUCAUCUCAAGAACUUAGUUCCCUGGGCGGUGCCUGUGGCUCAAGGGGGUGGGGCA